UGGCACAGGGACGAGAAGCCGUUUCGAAAGCUUCGGCAUCAAGCCUACGUCGCCAGGGAGCGGGCCAUCAACCGGCUGGCGGAGCAGUUCCGCGCCCCCCUCUGGAAUGACCACUAUCGUGGGCAUGGGCAACUGGUGGGCAUGGGCAACUGGUGGGCCCAGGACCGGGGGGGCAUAAUGCGGGGGGCCCCCCCGGGGCCCUGGAUACGCUUCUUACGGCGGGUGUGCAGGGUGGUGGUGGUCGACGAGCACAGGUCAUCAAAGCUGUGCUGCGCCUGUCACGCCACCCUGCACGCCCACCAGUACGUGCGGGUCCGCAACGGUGAGGAGAAGCUGAUGGACGUGUGGGACACCAAGCGGUGCACGAACAAGGCCUGCAAGGUCCAUGUCGUCAACCGCGACGUCAACGGAGCGGCCAACAUACUGAUGUUGACCAAGUGCUUUUUUGCUGGGGCACUUCGUCCCACUGCAUUUGGUGGCCCCCUGCUUCCCCUUCCUUUCUUCCCACCCCCCCCACCCCCCCGGUUCGCCAUCAGAGGCAACCAACUGCGCCAGCCUGAUCUUCGGAAGUAG